AUGGAUUUUAUGCUAGAAGAAAUUGUUUGCCACUAAUGUGCCUACAAGUCUCAUGCAGAUCAUGCUAAGAAGCUUGAUCAUAUAGUCGCCAGUGAUAUUUAGGGAUACUGUGAAAGAGCCCUGAACAGACUUAAAGAGAGAAAGAAUAUGAUCAGUGAUUUAAUCGCUGAUGUUGAAAAUUUUAAGCAGAAAGAGAAAAGCUAUCCAGCUGAAGUAUUUAUAAGGAUACUAAGAGAGGUUUAGGAUUAAUUAAUUCCUCAUAUGGAUAAAAAGGAAAGAAGAGAGUUAGAAUUGAAGUACAAUGGAAAGAAAUUUGCGGGAGAUGAUUUCAAUGAAGAUACUUUGUCAGUUUUUAACAUAACUGAUGAGCAUGAACAACUUUUGAAAGAAUGGAUUCACGGUGAAGAUGAAGCGGCCAAUACUAAAUUUGAGCUUUUAUAUAAAGCUACCAGAGAUACUUUUAGCUGUUACAAGAUGCAUGAAAUGAUAAAUCACAAAGGACCCAUUGUUGCAAUUCUAAAAUCUUAGCAUGAUCAAGUAUUUGGAGGGUACUCAUCAAUAGGAUGGAAACCUGAUGGUGCUUGGACUGCAGAUAGCAAAGCAUUUAUCUUUAGUUUAACUAAAAAGACUAAACAUGAACAAUAUCAAAACAAGGAGUAGGCAAUGUAUUAUGCUAAUACAUUUAUGAUAUGGUUUGGAUAUGAUCUUCUUAUAUAUGCAGAAUGCAAUAACAAUGGAAGUAGCUAUUCUAACUUUGGUACUACGUACAAGCCCCCUGAUGGAAUGAUAGCGAAUUCUGAAGAAGCAAAAAUGUAUUUAGCAGGCUCACAUAACUUUACAGUGAAAGAAAUUGAAGUAUAUAAAGUUUCAUAAUUGGAUUGA